AUGGUUACCCUUCAUGUUCUCCGGAAAGACCGGCACCUUUUGGCUAGGACUGAUAAAGGAAUUGAAACCAAUGCUGUUGUGGCCAAGGAUGGCGGUGGACAAUUCAAGACCAUUGGUGCAGCCCUAGCAGCUGCUCCCAAGAAAUCUAAUGUCCGACAUAUGAUCUACAUUAAGGCUGGAGUAUAUGAGGAGUACAUCACCGUGGACAAACGUUACACCAACAUCCUUAUGUACGGUGAUGGCCCGAGAAAAACUAUCGUCACCGGUCGCAAGGCUUGGCUCUUCGAGUCCAAUCAGACAAAUCAUCCUUCUUCAACUGCAGGAUUGAUGGCUUCCAAGACACAUUGUACAACCAAGCAAACCGUCAGUUUUUCCGCAACUGCGUCGUCUCCGGUACCGUCGACUUCAUCUUCGGCGACACCCACCGUUAUCCAGAACUCGUUGAUCGUUGUGAGGAGGCCAAUGGACAAUCAAGUUAACACAGAAUGGACAAUCAAGUUAACACAGUUUACAGCACAAGGCAGGGAUUUCAUCGAUGAGAACACCGGAUUGUACCGGACCAAAAGCUCUUCCCGUCAGGUUCAACUUCGCGACGUACUUGGGCAGGCCGUGGAGGAAAUUCUCGACGACCGUCAUGGAAUCCACUUGGGAGACUUGAUUAAGCCUGAAGGAUGGAUAUCCUUUGAGAAACCUGACGAUUUCGAAUCCCUGGACACACUGUACUACUCCGAGUACAACAACCGUGGCCCUGGUGGUAGUAACCUCACCUCCAGGGUUAACUGGAACGGUUAUCACAAGAUCGAUAGGACCACCGCCAAGAAAUUCACUACCCAAUCAUUCCUUUUGAGCAGAGAGGAAUGGUUACCCUUGACCGGCAUUCCUUUCACUUCUGUGUUGAGAUAUUAG